ACUCCUUUAGGUUGGUUUUGCAUUUGACUGAAAGUGAGGUACACUUUUACAUUUGACUUGAAUAUUUGGGUUGGUUUUAGCAAAUGUCCCAUUUCUUAAUAGCAAACUUUUAGUUUUUGUUACCAAAAAAAGCUUAUGAAGAGUAAAAUGACCAAAAAAAUUUCAUCAAAGAGAUCAAAGAUUUUUUUACCCAUUGAUUUAUAGAUAUGUAAAUAUAAAUAACUAUUUAAAUAAAUAAUAAAAAGGGAUUUUUUUAUAGUUUCAAAUUAUAUAUUUUCAAAUUUAAACUUUUUAUAAGAAAUUUGUUUAUAAAAAUUCAGAAAAAACUAUUGUAAAGAAUUUCUCAUAUAUCAAUCUCAAUAUAAAAAAACUCAAUAAUUAAUUAACAAUAAAAUACAAUACACGAUUCGACCACUUGUGUUUCUUUUCUUCUGGAAUUAGUCCAUCUUAACUAGAAGUAAAAAAUUAAUAAACAAAACAAACAAAUAAUAAUGAGCAUUGCUGUUACAAAAAUGCCAAUCAUGACUUUUGGCUUGCUCGUACGUUAUAUAAGAAUUGACAAAACCGAAGACCAAGAAGAAGAAAAAAAAAGUUAAACAAUGAGUUCUUCGUCUUCGUCUUCCUCUUCCUCUUCUUCUUGGUCUCGCAGUAAAUUUCUUGAUUCAGUAUUUAUGGUCGGACAAAAGGAAGUAACAAGAAUCUUGAUUCUGUUUCUUGGUUUGACUGCUUCAUGUCUUGUUUUAUACAAAACAGCUUAUCCUCUGCAACGACUUAACGUCAACAAUCUCAGUUCUCUUAACGCUUCUCCAUCUUCACAAUUGCCAAAUAUCAACUCAUCAGAGAUUUCUCAAGAAACAGCUAAACCAAUGAUCAGUUUCAAGGAGAUUUUGGAGAAUGCGUCGAAUGAGAACAAUACAGUGAUUAUAACGACACUGAAUCAAGCUUGGGCAGAACCAAACUCUUUGUUCGAUCUCUUCUUAGAGAGUUUUCGUAUCGGACAAGGAACACAACAACUGUUGAAACAUGUAGUAGUGGUUUGCUUGGAUCGCAAGGCGUUUGAACGAUGCUCACAACUUCAUACUAACUGUUACCAAAUUGAAACCUCAGAAACUGAUUUCUCCGGAGAGAAAGUUUACAACACUCCUGAUUAUCUCAAGAUGAUGUGGCGCAGAAUCGAGCUUCUUACACAAGUUCUCGAGAUGGGUUUUAACUUCAUAUUUACGGACGCAGACAUAAUGUGGCUUCGAGAUCCAUUUCCUCGGCUAUAUCCAGAUGGAGAUUUUCAAAUGGCAUGUGAUAGAUUCUUUGGAGAUCCUUUCGAUUCAAACAAUUGGGUCAAUGGUGGCUUCACAUACGUGAGAUCAAACAAUAGAAGCGUUGAGUUUUACAAACUCUGGCACAAAUCUCGUCUAGACUAUCCAGAGUUACACGACCAAGAUGUGUUCAAUAGAAUCAAGCACAAGCCUUUUAUCACUGAGAUUGGGAUUCAAAUGAGAUUCUUUGAUACCGUUUACUUUGGUGGGUUUUGUCAAACGAGCAGAGACAUCAACUUGGUAUGCACGAUGCAUGCAAAUUGUUGCAUCGGAUUAGAGAAGAAGCUUCAUGAUCUGAAUCUUGUUCUUGAUGAUUGGAGAAAGUAUCUGUCUUUGUCGGAACAUGUGCAGAACACGACUUGGAGUGCUCCUAUGAAGUGUUUGGAGGAUUAAGGAUAUGUUUAAUAUAGAUAUGGAUGAAAAUUGUAUAAAGAAUGAAGUGUCUUUAAGGACUCUAAUCUAAUCACAUUGGUUUUCUUUCUGAUUUUAGUUCUCUGAAACUUCAUAAAUGCUAAAUUCGUUUUGAGUCGCAA